AUGGACGAGCCCAAUAUCGCCGUCGUCUCUCCCUCCUCCAUGCACGUAGAUUUGUCUCCGGCCUACCCUUGGGCUCGUACCACGUUGACGUCGAGUGACCCACCAUCGUCGAAGGCGAGAAAGCGACUUCGGGUCGCCUACUCGUCUUCCUCUUCUCCAACACCCGCUCUCCCCAGCGCUUUCCCGCGGGCCUCAAGAAUAGCCAAACCAAAGAGGACUAGUUUCAAGUCUCCAUUGGCCGGGGCAUCUCCGAAGAGGAUCCAACACGUUCCCACUGCCGCUGCCGCUGUUGCUGCAACUAUAGACGACUCCUCCGUCUGUGGGCAACAGUCUGGAUGGCACCCGUUCGUCCCCCUGGACUUGCCGAAUGCUAAUGAAGAGAUAGUCUCGCCGGAUACAAAUCUCGGACCGGGGAACCCCUUUACCCUCUUGUUCCCCUUCGUCCAGACCUAUGCACCGCCUUUGGGUGGGUGGCAUUGCAACACCUUCACCCAGCCGGAUAUGCAAAGUCUAGGGCUGCGGUCUUCGUGGCACCACCAGUCCGAGCCUUACCUCCACGCCCCAGAACAGUUAUAUCAACAGGAUCCGUGUCAGCACUACCCGGUAGACUAUCCCUUGGACAGUCCGACGGACUACCCGGAUAUUGCCAUCCCCUUCUACGAGAACGCUGCUGCUGCAUACUUUUAUGAUUCGGUGCCUCUGUCCCCUCUAGCCACGAUGGUCAGGCGCGUUCUCCCAGCUGAUGGUACGGUCGCCACCGAGGAAGGACAUCCGGCUCACCCGUGCUCGGUCGCGCAGGCGUAUGACCCAGAUGGCUCCCCUCAAGAAGACAGGUGCAUGGUGGACCGUGGGCAGUCCUUUGGGGACUCCAGCCCUGCCGAAUUGGAUGUGACACCACCAUCUUCCGAGUUCACCCCAAAUGGCAGCAUAUACCCAGACAUCUGUCCCACGCGCAGUCCACCGCAAACUUUCGAUGGACGACCCUGGGUGGACCUUUGCAGCACAUACCCAGACGUCUUUUCCACCCGCAGUCCACCGCAAACCAUCGAUGGAUUCUGGGUUGACGUCACCUCCGAGUCCGUCGCGGACCUCUCCCUGGACCACAGUCCCCCAUCAUCACCAGAAGACCCUGCGGUGCAUAAGCCCGAGAAAACCCAUCGCUCGCCUCUGGAAGGCUUGAAGCGCGAGCAGACGGGUCAGACUCGCAAGUGGAAAGCAUGCAUCCGCUGCCGAAUGCAGAAAAUUCGAUGUGAGCCGGAUCCCUCAAACCCAGAGACGGAGGACUGUCUCACCUGCCGCAAGGUGAGGCAGGAGUCCAAGAAGGUUAUCCACAAGGUUCCAUGUCUUAGAUGGAAACUUAUGGAGCUCGUCAUGUUUCGCACCGGUGGCCUUGGUCUGACAAGACGAUGGAGCGGAGUGAAGGUGAAAGACCUUGGGCCCAGAGAUUGGGUGAGUGGCGAGACCAAGACCAUCAGCAUGAGCCUGGGUCUUUGUCCCACUUCGUUCUCCGUAAAAGUCCAGGCAUUCCACCCCAAAGAAGGCGACGUCUGUACGCGGUCCUGGGUCAGCGAAAGGGGAGAGAAGAUGGAGACUUACAUCGAGCCAUUUGCUCUUGCCAAUACCAAGCGGACUGCCGACGAGUACCGCCGGUAUAUCUGGGAGAAUGCCGGCCACGCACUGCGGCAGUAUACCGAGAGAGGCGACGUCGACAUUUUGGUGCGGAUGACAUAUGCUGAUGCCUGCAACCAUGCCUCAAGACUCGACAGGAGGAAAGCCUCCGGUUUUCUGAACGUAUACUUUCAGCUGUGGUUUGCAACCAGGCACAACAUUGGAACCGCGCACAUCGAUGGCGAAGAAAGGCUGGGGAUACAGCCCGAUAAUCGUGAAGGAAAUCCUCACAGAGGCAAGAUAAUGCUGCCGCGAAUGAUCACGGCACAGUUCGACUCGCUCGGAUACGUGCAUAUGCUCGCGCCGCUACGGAAGCAAGUGCUGGACGACCUGUGGAAGAUGAUGGGAAAGGCAAAUGGACAGCACUUCUUCACCGUCUACUUGACGGUUUUUAUGAUGUUGCAUGAGAUCUCGGUGACAUCCCGAGAUAGAUACCGGCGCGCAAGGGAGAACAAGUUCAAGGAGCAGUAUUGCCUCCCACAUUUCGUGGAGCAGCUGCAAGAGGGAGCGAACAUCCUUCUCAUCCACUGGCACUAUUACAAGAGCGGUUUCAAUCCUCUCGACAUGGCACGGAAGCUCCCCAAGAAGGCCAUCUGGGGAGACAUGUGUUCGGAGGAACUACAGCUCCUCAUGGAGACAUGUCAAGCUUUCAAGGACCGAGCACGCCAGCCGUUGGAGACGAUGCAAUACGAUGACGAUCUUUACUUUGUCUCGCAGAUGUGGGAGGAGAACUGGCUGCCGAAGCGAACCUUUAUGGCGUGA